CAGUUGUUUUCAGUUGGUGGUAGUUAUUGAGUCUUCGAGUGCAUCGUUGGAAGCUAUUGUUCUUAGUGAUGAAGAAAAUAAUUUUAACAUUGGCCUUCGUGGGGUACGUUUUGAGCGCUAGGCUCGACCAUCUUCAGUACCUUCCGCCGCAGAACAACGGAAAUCAAGGUCCUGGAGCUUCUCCACAGCCAUUUUCACCGUCAGCUAGUCCAGCUGCACCUUUCCAACCUAGUGCACCUCAUGGUGGUCCUGGUGGACCUCAAGGACCUUCAGGUGCCCCUCAGGGACCUUCAGGACAGUAUGGUCCUGCUUCAGAAUCACAGAAACCUUAUUCUGGUCCUUCUGGCCAAUUCCAACCAAGUGGCCCACAAGGACCAUCUCCUGCUCCACAGGGACCUUCUGGACAGUACGGACCUGCAGCUGGACCCUCAGGCCCCGGAUCUCAAGGACCUCAAGGAAAUUUCGGACCUCAAGGACCUGCAGGACCUCAAGGACCUCAAGGACCUGCACCGCAUCAAGGCCAGCCCUCGAACCAAUACGGCUCCAACGCUGGGCCUUCUGGAGCUGGACCUCAAGGUUUCCCUGGACAACAGUACCCUGAGCAAAGAUCUCCUCUUGCCGAUGUGCCGAUUUUGAGACUGGAAAGUGAAAAUCCUGGUGAUGGUACUUAUAAAUACGCCUAUGAAACCGGAAAUGGUAUAGGCGCCGAAGAAGAAGGUUCUGCUCAAUCAGGCUGGAACAAGGCACGUGGUUCAUACCAUUUCACCUCCCCCGAAGGUGAAAACUUCGAAAUUACAUACACAGCCGACGAAAACGGUUACGUUCCUCAAGGAGCUCAUCUUCCUACCUCCCCACCAAUCCCAGACGAAAUUUUGAAGUCUUUGGAAGUGAUCAGACAGGCCGAAGCUGAAGGACGCGCCAUUGAAGGUCAGUACCAGCCCGAAGGUGACGACGGACAGUACCACGAGGGUCACGAGCAAGGUCAGUACAAUCCUGAAGCACAACAAGGUCACACUCCUUCUUCGGGUGGUUUCUCUCAACAAGGAGGUCAGCAAAAAGCUUCUGGUGGAUUUGCUCCACAAGGAGGAAAUCAGCUAGGUUAUGGAGGACAACAACAACCUUCCGGUGGAUUUGCGCCACAAGGAGGUCAGCAAAAACCUUCUAGUAGUUUUGUUCCGCAAGAAGGAAACCAGCCAGGUUAUGGAGGACAACAGCAACCUUCCGGCGGAUUUGCGCCACAAGGAGGAAAUCAACCAAGCUUUGGAGGACAACAGGGAGGUCAACAACAGCAACCUUCAGGUGGAUUUGCUCCACAAGAAGGACACCAACAACCUUCUAAUGGAUUUGGUCAGCAGACAACCCCAAAACAGCCUUCCAAUGGGUUUGGUCCUCAAGCAGGUAGUCAGCAAAGUUACAGUGGAUCUCAAGGAAGUCAGCAACCUGGCCAGCAACCUGUAGCACCUAAUGGUGGUUAUCGGUAUUGAUUAUAACUGAGCGUGUAAAUAUCUUAUU